AUGUUCGCUCGGCUCAUAUUCAAUUUAAAAAGGCAGCGAAAAUGCUGCUACAUCAUUGCUACCUUCUUUGUUGUUUGCUUCUUCGAUGUAGUUUACUGGAAGGACACUCUUCUAAGAGAUAGAGGUUGCGGUCACAACUCCAUGAACGCGUCAGAAUUUUUCAAUCUGAUCAACGCAACAUACGGCUCGGACCGAAUCUUGGAACGCGUUAAAAUGGAGGACGAAACCCACCUUCACGUCGUCGACGAAACUGCAGUGUACCAUGAAAAAUGA